AUGGGCGCCGAACAAUCAAGACCCCUCAGCACCGGCUACACAAUUUCAGACCCCACCAGACCUGUUGCCUCCAAAUCAUACUCGAUUGGAAACGACGACCUCAAUCCAAAUACCAAGAACAAUCCCCAACCGAUAAGCCAGAAAAGCAUUAAACCCAAUACUGCCUACACCAGCCUCCCAUCUUCCUCACCACACUCGCGCACAUCAGAUGUGGCACUAGCCAUCGAUACGCUUGCACAAUUCCUCGAAGAAGCCAGCCGAACUACAAUCGACAAGCGGCCUCGCAGUAACCAUGCCACUAAUCCUUCCAGACCAUCACCAUACACUCUAUCGAAACAGUUCACUCUCAUAACUUCUCCAACACCCCCCGAACAUGCUGCGGCUGUCUCGGUCAAACAAAGAGCCACACAGCUCUCGUGCUUCUCGGCAUUAUCUAAACUAGGCCUGGAUGACUUUCGCGGUGUCAACAGCUCUAUUUCACCAGAUCGCUUCACGGCAGCAACGUACUUUGUCUUGGCCUUGAAAUUGCUUCCGGGUAUUCCAGCUUGUGAGUGGGAUAUGGAUACCGUGGCAGAAGUGACUGAAUGCUUGACCGACUUGUACAGAUAUGAAUUAGACGAGGAACACGAUAAAGAUGUUUGGAAUCAGGGUAUUAUUUACAUGAAAGAGAUGGUCCCGUUAUUGCAGGAUAGAACUUUGCAGAAAUUGAUAUCGAAAAGUGACGAUGUGGCAAAGAGGCGUAUCUUAAUCCAUAUCUUAUUUUGUCUCGGACAUGUCUCUUCUCUCUCAUCCGACCACGCUUCUGCUCUCAAAUACUACUCUGAAUGUGAGAAAACAUCUGCGACCGGUGACAAAAAUGCAGAUAAACUUCGCAAAAAGGCGCAUACUAACGUUCGACUAAUCGAACCAAAGGUACCAAAGGUGAAGCCGGCGUGUGUAUCGUGCGGAUUUGAACCACAAGGAUUGAAAGAAAUAUGGGCUUUAUUGGUAUGUUCCAACUGUCAAGCUGUUGCAGCUUGCAACAGGGAAUGUUUGAAGAAGCAUCUUUCUGAAGCGCACGCGAAGUAG